AAGGGAAAGAAGGUAGCUUCACCUCAGGAAGGCCGACGUGCCCAAGUGGAGAAAGUAAAUGUUUCUACGGCAAAGUCUCCAUUUAUUACGGAGAUCGAGGUGGUGCAAGGCCUUACUCAACCGUGCUUUUGGCUACAUGAGUGCGCUAGCGAUGUAGACGAUGAAGCAAUGAUUGAGAUUAAGUUGUCGCACCACCAAUUCCACUACUUUGAGGAUUCAUCGACCUUCAUUUCUAAGGUUGAUAUUAAAGAAUUCUUACUUGAGGAAGAGUUGAAUGUUUCCAUGAUACAAACAUUCAUGAGGCUAUUAUACAAUGAUUUGAGGCCAUCUAGUGAGCCAAUGUUUGGUUGGUUAUGUCCAAGCUUAGUACGAGAUGACAGUUGCGUACAAAACCAAAAGGAGGUGAAAGCAUAUCUCAAGGAUUCUUUGAAAGCAUGUUCUCGUCUUGGAUAUAAGAUCAUUCUUUUUCCUUACAUUGAAUCUGUGAUGAAGGGGGUUAUUGCAUCUGGACUUCGACAACCAAAACCUCUUGUUUGGCAUUUAGUCGAGGUAACAUGA